AUGUCGCGAAAGUACGUUUCAAUACUGUCCGCCAUCAUCCUCGCCUGCAUGCGGCAGCUUGUCGAAAUCAACCAUGUGCUGGACUUUGGCAUGCUGGUCGGCAGACCACGAACUACGUCGACAGCUCUCGCCAUUCGCGCUUGCGCAACCGUCGUGACCAGCUGGUCUUUCGCAAUCUGCGUUCAUGUCAACAUUUUCCAUUACGGCGAACGGGUGAAAUGUCUCCUCGCUAAAACAUCUUCCGUUGAAGCGUCGUCUGAGGGGCAGCUACUACCGUCGGAAGAAGAAAAGGAGACCAGUGGCCUUGUCAAAGUCUAG